AUCAUCCUCGGCAGCCCUCCUGAUCCUGGUCUUGUUGUAUACAUCCCACUUUCUCUGUGAGAACCUCUCGUCCUGCAUAGAAGCUGAGAAGCUGGCUACGAUUCUGCCAUCCGUCAACGCGCCGCAAUGUCGCCAAAUCUGGCGUCUGCGGACGACUUCGAGGACGGCUCGAGCACAGCUAUGCCUGUCAACAAUAGUUCGCUCUCGAAAGAUUCACAGUCCGGAGGAGUUGAGAAGCCCAAUGCGUGUACGGAAUGCCUCUCGAACACGGACGGCCAAGCCUGACAACGAUAGGAAAGUCACAGAACUCAUGUCCCGAAAGAAGGUGACAUCGCCCGUCAGAAAUGCGGACCGACCUACUCAGCGUACGACCAAUUUCGGGCGAGAUGGACUCGGUGCCUACACAGCCGACCCACAAUCCUUUCCACCAAGCCGUGUCGUAUACCACAAUGAGAAGUUCGUGGUCAUCAACGACCUCUACCCGAAAGCUACCGUGCAUCUCCUCAUACUGCCACGCGAUCCAAAGCGGAAUUACCUUAGGCCGCAAGAGGCGUUCGACGAUGCGGAGUUCCUCGAAGACUGCCGCAAAGAGGAGGUCAAGGUGCGACAAAUCGUUGCCGAGGAGUUGAGAAGGAAGUUUGGACACUAUUCGCAACAGGAUAAGGCGAGGAUAACAGCUAUGGAAUCUGAGGAUCCUCCUGAGAAACUGCCCUCCGGCCGAGACUGGUCGAAGGAUGUCAUCUCUGGGAUCCACGCGAACCCGAGCAUGAACCACCUUCAUAUUCAUGUUCUUAGCAAAGACAUGGUCAGCGAGCCUAUGAAGAAGCGGAACCACUACCUCUCCUUCACCACCGACUUCUUCGUUGGACUCGAGCACUUUCCGCUUUCGGCUGAGGACCAUAAACGGCAUUACAGGCACUUUCCAGAGGAUAUGCGCUGCUGGAGAUGCGACAGAACGGUGCAGGACAUGCCCAAGCUGAAGGAGCACUUGGCGAAAGAGCUUGAGCAAUGGAAAACUGAGUGAUUGCAGCCAGAUCUAGGCGUUUUGCAAUUCCAGUCAACAUCGACAUUGUGAAAAUGAUUGGCGUGCCAGCACCCGAGCACACGGAGCUGUCCGAAACUGUUUCAGACGAUUGUUGGGGCAGUAAAAGCAAAGAUGGCCCGAUGCUGCGUUUGGACGGCUAGGUGCAUUCCAGGGGAGGCGGUCUGAUAGACUGGCUAGAAGUAUUCGGCUUCAUAUUGGACGCAAUUUCGAUUG